GAAUUACGCUGCUUUCGGGGGUGUGCAGGACAAGAUCUUUUCCAUAAUUCCUGUGGUAUUUCAGCACCAAUUUGUUCUUCUGAGCAACAGGACAGGACAAGUCAGAAGACUUAGGAAGCCAGAAGUUCUGCUGCCUACAAAAAUCCCAGCAUGAGGCUUGUUUUCAAUCUGUUCCUGGGAUGGUGGCUGACUCAGCAUAGAUGGAUGGCUGAAGGACAAUUUAGUGCCAAAGUUUCCAUCUCAGUGAAUCCCAGUAACGUGGUUGCUGUGGGAGAGCAUAUAAGCAUCAGUUGCAAGAGGGAUAGGAACGGAAAAGUGUUUCUCACUCUCUAUCAAAAGAAAGAAAUUCAUCAUCAUUUCAGAGAGAUACCUAAUACCAGAACAGAGCAUAAUGAGAUUAACUUUUAUAUUUCCAAAGCACAGCAAUCAGAUCAGGGGAUCUACUGUUGUGCAUAUUAUUUACACCAGGGAUACUUUUCAAGCGACGAAGUUUUUAUCUUCGUGCGAGAACAAUUGUUUCCCAGCCCCUCCAUUUCAGUGAUCCCCAAUGGGCUGGUUGUCCUAGGAAAAAAAGUCAAAAUCCAGUGCAAACAGGAAUAUCCCCAAAUUGUACAAUUUAACCUCUUCAAAAAAGGGGCUUUAAAUGAACCAGCAAUCCAACUUUCAGAGAACAAAAUGACUGAAUUCCUUAUUCACAAUGCCCAAGAAUCAAACGGAGGAAUCUACUUUUGUGACUAUCGAUUCAUCCAGCAGCAGUACUAUUACUAUAGAUAUUCGAAGUUCAGUAAUAAAAUAUAUAUCAAUAUAACAGACCCCAGAGUCACAGAGCCUGCCAUCUAUAUGGAACCAAAGGGACAGCAAAUGCUUAAUUCAAAUGUCCGAAUCUACUGCCAGGGGCCAGAGGAUGAUCUGAACUACUCCCUCUAUAACUCAACAGACUUCAUAAUUUCCCAAAGGGCAAAACCAAACAGUUCCUUGGCUGAGUUUUCCAUCUUGGGAGUCAGGUUGGAAGACAUAGGAAACUACAGUUGUUGCUAUCAGCUUAAAAAUAAACCCUUUGUGUAUUCAAACUUAAGUGACCCUCUGCAGCUUCAAGUAAGAGAUCCCAGCCUGACCAAGCCUUCCAUCCAGAUUAUAAAUGCAGAACAAGUUGCUCCAGAAGCAAAUGUUUCCAUCCAGUGCAAUGCAACAGAACCAGAUCUGAUUUUUGCUCUUCUGAAAUCAGGGGAACAGAUAGAUUACAAAGCUGCGGAGCCAGGAGAAAAGGCGGUGAAUUUUACUCCCCACUGGAAGAAGUUGGAAGAGACACAAAAUUAUACCUGCCAGUACCACUACAAAAGCAGGCCCUUUAUCUGGUCAGUUCCAAGUGACCCAGUGGAGAGGCUUCAGGAAGGUGAAUCCUUAAUAACUCUAUGGACAAGUAUUGCUGCGUGCCUUUUCUUUCUGGCUAUCCUCCUCCUGGUGCUUAUCUUCAUUUUAUACAGAAACAGAAGAAAAGGCUCUGUUACCAAAGAAACCAAUGUACCAGCCAGUAUGCACUUAAGCUCUUCCAUGGUGGAAACCCCUGAUGAAAUUUCAUAUGCUGCAAUAAACCACAAUUCACUGGAAAUCAGACCACCAACCCUUUAUGACACAGUCCCUGAAUCCUGUAUCUAUGCAAAUGUGUCCAAAGAAAGCACUAAGGAGAACCAAUAGGGAAGGCCAUUCAGAAGAGAAGAUAAUUCUGAAAUGUUGGUGUAGCCAUCUAUAUUACAGAUAUCCAUGUUGGGAUCAUCUUGCUAUACAUAUCCUUCUUCCUCUUUCAUGGUUUUAAUUGUUCAAUCUCAGAGAUAUGCUGGGUUCAGGCCAGUGGUGGGUUGCUCCUGGUUCGCCCAAGCUGGUAGCGGUGAUGAUGUGAUGUCACCGAACCAGUUCUCUUUGUCUGGGAGCUGGGCCCUGCCACCCACCCCUGCGUUAUUCCUACCUUUAUUUCUUCAUUUUUAGCCCAGCUGUUAGGUGUGGCAGAGUGGAUUGCUGCACCUCAGCUAGGCCGAUACCUAACGCAUUUGCACGGAGCGCAAGUUUGGCGUGCACACGAGCGAAGCGAGCAUGCGUGCGGCGAUCGCGCACAAAGCAUGUGCACAAAGAGAACCAGUAGUAACACCAGUUAGAAUCCACCACUGGUUCAGGCUAUCAUAUAUCCUGCCCAUAAGUGUCUUCACAAGAAUAUUAUUAUAACAUCCAAUACUGCAAACUGAAUCCUGGCAUUCUGUAGCUCAAGUCCAAUUUUUUCUCCAAGACUGAGAUGGGCCAAUAGGAGAAAGAAUCAAACAGGGAGCUGCUGAGAGAUUCGCUAUGGAGUUACAAAUAUCAGAACUCCAUAACCAUAAUCAUGACUGGAAGGGAAUAUUUAAGGAAAAACUCCUUCGACAUUCUGAUUAGUAGAAGGAUAUAUUUUUAAACGGGACCACACAGAAAUAUUUUUGCUUUUAAAUACAAACUCCAUCUAGAGGCAACUAUCAAAACCAUUGGAUCUUGCUUGCUUUUUCCUGAACUUUCUAUGAAGCCAUGAAGAAUUUUAUGUCUUGUGAAAGCAAGUUAACCUGCAUCUAGAUAUUGUUUAUACCCAAUCAACCAGCCUCAUUAUCAGGGUGAAAAUCCCCUUUUGCAACUGAUCCUCAGUUGCCAGGUACAAUGAUGGAUCUUUUGAGUCUAGAAGGAGGAUAUGGGCAAGGCUGAGUUGAAUAUUCUUACUAUAAUUAAAAAGGUGAGGUGGUUUGUAAAAAUUUCCAUGAACCUUUAAAUAUUUAAGAAAACACCUUCUGAAAAUAAGAGCUUUCCAACAAUACCAAAACCCACCCUUUGCAGUGGCUAUAUGAUGUUUUGAUGAUUAUAUUGUUCUGACUCUUGUGAAGACAGUUGUGUGCAAUUUGUGACAGAUUAACAAAAAGAGGGCGGACAGAUAAAUAAUUCGAGACUGCUGAUAGGCUAUUAAUAGCCAGUGGAACUGUAACUCUCUUACCCUCCUAAGGUAAAGCCACCGUUCUCAUCUCAGGUGUUACAUCUGGUAAUCUGAUCAUAUCUGGUAC